GGUCCUCACGAACAUAUAAAAAGCCGCGGCUAGAAGCCGCGGUACUUCAGUCUUUUCAAAAAUAUCAUAAGGAUGGCUCUAGAACGUCAAGUGCGCGCUAAGAUUGCAUCGAAACGCAAUCCGGAGCAGGAGAAAGAGGCGCAGGAAUGGAUCGAAUCGAUUCUUGGCAAAAAGUUUCCUCCUGGUGAGACCUUCGAGGAGGUGCUCAAGGACGGCCAGGUCCUUUGCCAUCUGAUGAACAAAGUCUCCCCCGGAUCGGUACCGAAGAUCAACUCUAGUGGUGGACAGUUCAAAAUGAUGGAGAAUAUUAAUCUGUUUCAAAAGGCUCUAAAGGACUAUGGAGUGGACGAUGUCGACGUUUUCCAAACGGUAGACUUGUGGGAGAAAAAGGACAUCGCGCAAGUAGUAACGACGUUGUUCGCGCUCGGCCGAACGACGUACAAGCAUCCAGAAUGGAAAGGACCUUAUCUGGGACCCAAACCAUCAGAGGAAUGCAAACGUGAUUUUACAGAGGAACAAUUGCGGGCUGGUGAAUCAGUGAUCGGUCUUCAAGCAGGUUCCAACAAAGGUGCAACUCAAGCUGGCCAGAGUCUCGGCGCAACCCGCAAAAUCCUCCUUGGAAAGUAAAUUACGUUUUCAGUCCAGCAGCUGCUUCCAUUCUUCCCUUCCACUUUUUAGAGCUAAAAAUCACGUACUUUUAUAUGUACAUGUACAAAUACAUAUAUAUAUAUAUAUAUAUUUUAUUUUACUUUUGUAAUUAAACGAUAAAUAGCUGCUAUUUAUUGAUUCGCUCCUUCAUUUUAUUUCUGAAAGAGAUAGUCAUCGAUAGCAGAUAUAUCAUCAUAAUAAAUUCUAAUCUUUUUAUAAUUAAUUAAAAAGUAUCUUUGUCAAUUGAAUUAAUGAUCGUAUUGACAAUGAUAAAUUGGUUUUUAUAAUUAAGCGUGAUACCAUCACGUUAUUUGUUUGAUCUUAACUUUCUUAUCUUUCCACACGUCUCGGGAUUUUAGUCUCGAAAAAUGUACUGUGUUGACGACAGUUGCGCGUUUCGAAGUAAUACAAUUAUUAUUUAAUGUGAAUGACAGAUGCGCAUUUCGAAACCAAAUAAUUGUUACACAUCUGACAGAUCUAAAUAAAGUUUGUUCUAUCCAUCCAAAAUGA